AUGCACAGACGGACACACACAAAACGACCCGUCAUAUCAGCACCAAUUGGUCCUGUUCAACAUAUGGGCGGAUCGGGAUUCAGUGCAACAGAGGCCUUGCAGGGCACAGCUUGGGUCGAUUACUGCGAGGGCAACCGAAGCUACAUGACAUGCAACCCGGGCUCUUCUUCGGACUCGCUUGCCUCGCGGAAGUCUCGACGGGUCUCGAAAAGCUUCCCCAUUACGGAGCCUCCGUCCGCGAGCCCGACGGUUGUGGAGUCGGAUGUCAGCGCUCUUACUCGGAUACAGACAAAUAAUUCUUCCAAGGCGUCGCUGGGCAAGAGGUCCGCCUUCUUGUCGCUUUCAAGAAGGUCGUCGUCGAAGCAGCUCCCCAGGUAUACCCUGACUGCGCGUCCGGAGUCGGCGGCUGACACUGCUGAAAACAAGUUACCUUUGAAAGAAAAUGAUGCGGAUUCUUCCAUUCCUAGGUCGAUGAGAAAAUGGCACAUGUCGAUGGCGCUGACGGUGCUUCAAGAACUCAAGAAGCCGUUUUCGAGAAAGGGCUUGGCCGCCAUCCAGAGUCCCAACCUUGAUCGCCCGCAGCCAGACGAAUCUGAACUGAGUGCUUCGAGCUCUCGAUCCUCUGAGUCGACCCUAGUACACUUUCCUGGGAACGAUACUCGCCCAAGCUCUCCUGCUAAUAUCUCUCCUCGAAAAUCGGAGAGCGAGGCACAGGACGGGAUGUACUGGGCUGGACGCUACGGUGGACGGCGUGAUAGGUUAUUUACCAAAAUGCUUAAUGAUGGCUCCUUACAUGCAUCUUCAUCACCACCACAAAACACCAAGGGCCGCUGGCAGACGCGAUUGCCCCUCCCAGCUCGGCCGUCGCCGGCAUCUUCUGAUCGCUUGACGUAUCUCGCUCCGUCAAACACAACAUCAGCUCUACCAACAGUUGCGUACGACUCCAUACCACGUCCACCGGAUGAACAUGAUGUUGACCAACGUAUAUCCCAGUAUCUAGAGUCGGAGUGCACUACAAAAGAGGCUCAAGAGUCGUUCAGGCAUUACUACGCUCUUUAUCAACGCUUUGAAGGUGGAUGUUUUCCGUAUGAUAAAGGCCAGAAGAACGGCCUUCUUGCCCGUGUGGGUAAUCGCUUUGAAAGUGACGACAAACGACGAGAACCAAGAAUCAAUGAGUUGACAAACUCAAGGUCAGGGGCGGUUGGCAUUACUCCGGGCCGUGGAGUGUCCGUAUACUGA